CACAAAUUAAAAUGUUUACUCAGGUGUCCACUCCCAGCACACCUUCGUUCCCUAACACGCCCGAUGUGGUCGAAGAGAUGGAGAAACUGCAGAUGAACCCGUCCCAGGAGCCGACAUCAACGUCAUUACAAAUCAACGACGAAGAGGAGCUCGAGAGGUUUCGAGCCCAGUGGCGUGAGGAACUCAAGGCCAAGAAGACUGGAGUCACGAGUGGAGUGAACGUUGGGAACGUUAUCUGGAAAAGCAAGGGACAGGGCGUGGAACGGGAGCAUGAGGACAGCAAUGGUCACGCCACCUUGACAUCGCCCAAGACUUCUCGGAUGGCACACACUCUGCCUGCGUUCGAAGACGAUGACGAUGUCCCUAGAGCUGGUCCAUCGAAAGCUGUUCCAGCAAUGGCCAUCAUCAAAGGCGCCAACCAUAGCAAGACGCAUUCGAAAAAGUUCAGAACCGACAAGGAGCGCGCUGUACAGACGUACGCCAAGGCUGUAGAGAGCGAGCAGAGUGGCCAGCUGAAUGAAGCCUUGAUACUUUAUCGGAGGGCAUUCAAGAUGGAUGAUGAUGUGGAUAAACUCUACACUCGUUCUGUCGCGAAAGCCACUGCCCAACAAGUCCUGGAACAACAAGGGACGAGUGAGAAUCCCUUGCCAGCUAUUCCCAAUUCUGCCGAUAUUGUCCAGCCAUCAGCACCUGUAGAGGAGCCCUAUUCGUUCCAGCGCCAUAUCCAACUCCACCCCGACUACGUCAAAUCUUCCGCUGCACCAAUAGCUUCAUCUAAGACAUCAUCUAAAUCAGCUCUGACGGCCAUACUGGACUCAUUACCGAUCGCUCCCUACGAAUUUACCUUUUUGCCAGAAGACGAGGAUUUACCUAUACCGAUUGCAAGUCUUCCAGCAGAGCUCAUAGAUCCUAUCCUUGCUCAUUUGGACGUCAUCUGGGUGGAACGAUUCGCCGCUACAUGUUGGCGAGCGAGAUAUCUCACACAAUGCUCAAAUGUCUGGAGAAGAUUAGCAUGCAGGAUCUAUAGAGAGCCUGCGAUACUCCCACCAGGAGGGCUCACAGUGAAGGAUCUGAUGCAAAGGCACGCGGGCGAAUGGCGAACGACGUUGAUCGAAGAAGAAAGGGUUAGGAUGGACGGAUGUUAUAUUGCUGUGUGUCAUUAUAUUCGACCUGGUGCAGGAGAUGAAUGGAUCGCGAUCACCCAUCUGAUCACAUACCAUCGCUUCCUGCGUUUCUAUCCCGACGGCUCAGUAAUCUCUUUUCUAACAACGGACCACCCCUCCGAAAUCGUUCCUGUUCUCCGUCCAUCUUUGCGCGGCAAGGGUUUACACUUCGGCCGCUGGCGACUCAUCCGCUCAGACGCUAUACACAAUCCCGAAAUCGACUCCGAAUGGGUUCCAUCCAAAUCUGGGGAAAAGCGCCCCGCAAGGAUUAUCAUCUCGGACUUAUUAGAGCCUGGGGUGGAAAAGCCAAAAUAUGAGUUUGAGAUGGAGCUGGCUUUGAGGCAGACAAGUCGUGGAAGGUGGAACAAGCUUGAUAUUCUUGAAUAUCGUUCCAUCAAUCUCACUACAGGCGAAACUUUGGCCCUUUCGCUCAAGAAUCAGAAGCCGUUCUUCUUCUCAAAAGUGCGAUCCUACAAUCCGCCAUUCUAAUUUUUCCAGAGCAUAUCGCAUGCUGCAUGUUGAGUGAGAGAUGUACUUAUAACGCUUGAAUAUAUCACAGAUCUAUGAUACAAUCCACCACAUUUUCUAUCCGCCCUCCCCCAUGUACCAAUCUUCAAAUUCAUCCAUCUCAUUCUGCGGCAUUGAGGCUGAAGCUAAAGUACAAACGAUGGAGCUCAUCAGUCAAUGUGCUUUGUGAAAAGUAUAGACAACGCACGUCCUUGUGCCGUUGGGCAAGCGAAUAAUUGCUUGAAUGCUGGUCCUCAUGGAGCCUUUGCCGUUUUAUCGAUGGACGUCCGAAACCGCCAAUGAUGAGUCGUGCUGGCUG